GUGUGUGUGAACCUUUCACAGAUAUAAAAGUGGCUCUGACAUGGUUCAUGAAAAUGUUACGCGACGUUCAGCAAAGACGUUAACGAGUAACGUUGGACAACUAGCGAUAUUUUGUUGUAGCAUGUAGCUUAUAUGACGUCGGGGAUUCAAACGCCGUUUUCAACUUAAAGAAAGAUCGACUGUUAAACUGUAUGUUAACAGUAGGCCUAUGUGCUUUAGUUACAACAAUGAUAUUUAACCCCCCCCAUCAAAUCUGUGGCAUGUUAGCAGGUUGCAAAUGCAUCAUUUGUGCAUACCAAACAGAGGAGCCCUGAUCUAACGUUAAUGGUGAAAGUGGAGAAGUGAGAGAAGUUUUUACAUAAUGGAGGCUGUAGCUGGCUUCCUAAAUGUAUUCCACAUCAAGACCAGUGGAUUGUCUGUGUCACUUAGCCUCUUCCUCAUUUUUCUGGGUCUUCUCUACUGGUAUUCAGUUUACCCCUUUUCGGUCCUUUCUCGAUGUGGCAUCAAACAUCCAAAGCCACUACCUUUCUUAGGCAACAUAUUCAUGUUUCGCCAGGAUAUUUUCAAACCUCUCAAUGAGCUCAUAAAGACACAUGGCAGGGUUUGUGGGUAUUAUUUGGGCCGCAGACCGAUCGUGGUGAUAGCGGACCCUGACAUGCUCAGACAAGUGAUGGUCAGGGAUUUCAGCAGCUUCCCUAACAGAAUGGCUAUUCGCUUUGCCACCAAGCCCAUGACUGACUGUCUGCUCAUGCUGAGGAAUGAACGCUGGAAGAGAGUGCGGAGCAUCCUGACCCCAUCAUUCAGUGCUGCCAAGAUGAAAGAGAUGGUUCCGCUCAUCAACACAGCCACCGAUGCCCUGAUGAACAACUUGAAUGUUUACGCUGAGUCAGGAGAGGCAUUUGACAUCCACAAGUGUUUUGGCUGCUUCACUAUGGAUGUCAUUGCCAGUGUGGCAUUUGCAACUCAGGUGGACACUCAGAACAACCCAGAUGACCCGUUUGUCCGCCAUGCGCAGAUGUUCUUCUCCUUUUCUUUCUUCAAGCCCCUCAUUCUGUUUUUCCUUGCAUUUCCAUUCAUCGCGGCUCCUCUGGCGAGAUUCAUCCCCAACAAAAGACGUGACCAGGUGAAUCAUUUCUUCAUCAGUAGCAUUCAGAAGAUCAUAGAGCAGAGAGAGCAGCAGCCUCCUGAACAGAGACGUCGAGACUUCCUCCAGCUGAUGUUGGAUGCACGAACCAGCAAGGAGUGUGUGUCUCUGGAACACUUUGACACAGCGAUCCCUGCUGUUGAGUUGGGUGAAAAGGACCAGCAGACACAACCGUCGGCCUCUGAUCAGGGCGACCAUCUUCACCCACAGGAGCCCCCCACCAGGCGUCCACAGAAAAAGAAUAUUACUGAGGAUGAGAUCGUGGGUCAGGCUUAUGUCUUUCUCCUGGCAGGCUACGAGACCAGCAGCAGCGCGUUGGCCUUCACCUGCUACCUCCUGGCCAUCCAUCCCGAAUGUCAAUGCAAAGUACAGGAAGAGGUGGAUGAUUUCUUCACCAGACAUGAGUCACCAGAUUACACAAAUGUCCAGGAGCUGAAGUAUUUAGACAUGGUUAUAUGUGAAGCAUUGCGCCUCUACCCUCCUGGAUUCAGGUUUGCAAGAGACAUCGAACAGGACUGUGUGCUGAACGGCCAGUUCCUCCCUAAAGGAGUGACUCUGGUAAUCCCAGCGGGCUUCCUCCACCACGACCCAGAGUACUGGCCAGAGCCUGAGAGGUUCAUCCCUGAGCGAUUCACACCAGAGGCCAAGGCCAGUCGACAUCCAUUUGUAUACCUGCCGUUCGGGGCCGGCCCCCGUAACUGUGUGGGAAUGAGACUCGCCCAACUGGAAAUCAAAAUGGCACUAGUGCGUCUGUUCCGCAGAUUCAACAUUGUGGCCUGCUCUGAGACCAAGGUGGGCUGACAACCGAUCUGUUUAAAACUGUUGGGAGA